UUGGUGCGAGUAAGAAAGAACCUUGAUCAAACACCGAGGCGUGGAAGACGUCCAGCGCUUGCGCUCACUCAGAAGCCGUUUGAUCUCGAAAAAUACCGGGUCGGUGAGAAGGAUCACGAGAGUUACGAAAAUGCUUCCAUUUGCUCUUGCUCUUGCUAUCAACUGCCUUAUUCUGAUACCGCUGUUCGACAAAGACAGGAGUGGUUGGUGGGAGCUGCUGAUGGCAUAUGCUAUCGUUCCGGUUACUUCUGUGUAACUCAGCUUCUGUAUGCAAGUGAAUACGAAAAGGGUUUUGAUUUUCGAUUUAGCACUUUUGGCAUUUCCUUCUGUAAAAAUACCGAGAGCUUCGCUUCGGUGGGCCAGUUGGGUUAG